AUGUCUUUCUUUGGCUUCGAUACCACCCUCCCCCGGGACCGCCAACAAGGUGGCCCGGCCAGGGGGUUCUUCGAGAACCCGGAUCCCUUCGCGGAGGGUGCUCGUGCGCAAGCACUGGAGGAUGACAAUGGAAUUGACUUUGAGGAUACCUACGACGGUCUCGGUGACCAGCUCGACGAUGAUCAGGAUGCCUUCAACGACGACACCUUUGGCGGUGCAGACGCUGGACCUAGCACUGGUGCCGUUGGGCGAGACUUUGACUUUUUCGGCACCACCGCUAAGGUCGCUGAUGUCAUUGGCGAGGAGCAAGUUCGCUAUGCCCUGCAGAACCCCUCUGCGGCUCCGUUGGACGCCCAGCAGAAAGCUGCAGCCCCAGCCCCGACGACGACAGCUGCCACCACCACCAAGCGCACUGGAUAUGAGAAGUAUUCGGAACCGGGAUACAUUCCCGAUCUGCAGGCCAAAUCGAGCGUUUGGGGCGUCUCCCAGAAGAAGCCUGAGCCGAUUCCAGCUGCCAGCCGGAGGCCGAUGAUGAGCUUGGAGGAGGUCGAGGCUCAAAUGCGCCAGCGAUCCCAGCCUACCGCGACGAUGCCCUCCCAUUCAAUUCCCCAGCACCUGGUCGAACCGUCCUACCUGCAACCACCGCAAUAUUCACAAGGCGUUCCCGAGGGCUUCCCCGCAGUUCCCCCCGAGUACUUGCGAGCUGCCCUCGAGAAAGGUGUCCUCCCCCCGGGCAUGCCUGGUCUCCCUCCCGGUAUCCCAGAGCUGCAUGGCGCCCCUGUCAUGUCUGGACCUCCACCGAUGCACCUUCAGCAAGGCCAAAUUCCUCCCCAGAACCUGCCUCCUCAGGGUCACCGUCAUGCCGCUCCACCCCAAGGCCCGCGUCAACCGCAGCAGCAGCAGAUGCCGCCACCGCCGUCGGCCCGAGGACCCAACGGUGGACUGCCGGUUAUCACCAACCCGCAGCAACUUAUGCAUCUCACAGAGGAGCAGCGCAAUGCUUAUCUGGUGGAGGACGCUAAGCGGGCCAAGCGCAAUCACAAGAUCUUCCUUCUUUCCCGCGGCAAUGGUUUGAUGACACCCCAGGAUAAAAACUUUAUCACUCGGAUUCAGCUGCAGCAACUAGUGGCGGCCGCUGGAAACGUGGCCGACGCCGAUCCGGAGGCUGUUCUGGCGGAAGACUUCUACUACCAAGUUUAUAGCCAGAUUCGCGGCGCACCACGCCAGCACCCACACCAGCCUCUGGGUCACUUUGCUCAGACCUAUCUCCUGCAAACCGGAAACCGGCUCGGUGGACAUGGGAACAGGAGGGCAUUCCAGAGUGCCGAUAACCACAUGCAACGCAUGCAGCAGCAGGUCCAACGCGCUGUCGAGGCAGCCAAGGCCAAGCCGAAGAACAAGCAGCUCAUCAUCGAGGGUAGCUUGGGUAAGAUUUCCUUCAGCAACGCCAAGGCCCCUAAACACAUGCUCAACAUCAAACGGCCUGAUAGCUCCGAGGGCCCUCGGCCAAAGAAGGUGCAAUCAGACCUCAGCCUCAGCGACCGGAAAUCCAUUCUUACCAACAUUGAGAGCGUGUACAGUGCCCUAAUGGCUAUGGAGGACAUGGAGCGUACUAUGCCGCCUCCCCCUGAGGAAGGUGAUGCUGAUGCCAUCCAGGUGCAUAUGGAAUGGCGGCAGAAGGUCCACUCGCUGAACCAAAAGUUGUGGCGAGCCCUCAAGGUCAUGGAACCUAUUGUUCCCAACUCGACCACCCCACACCCCUUCAUCGCAUUCUUGUCGUACCCCAAGGGCAAGAAGGCCAUUCCUCGCAUCUUCCGCCACAUUGACCAAGAGCAACGUGUCACCAUUCUGACCAUGAUUGUGGUCCACCUGGACAGCCUGGAUGUGGUACGUCUCGCGCAACCCGGACCAGGUGAAGCUCAGCCUUCCAUCGCGGUGCGCGAGUCUAUUGACCUCUUCUCGCUGGCUGUGAUGCCCAGCUUGCUUGGUUACGUGAAUGAAGCACCCUUUAACAUCAUUAUCGGUCUGUUGGGUCUGGUGAUUGCCCAGACGCAUGUGCAAUCCGUGGCUCGUACCAAGGUCGGCCUGGGCAUUCUGACCAUGCUACUCAGCCGUGCAGAGAUUGUCAAGGAAGCUGGUCAGGCUGCCGAGCGGGACUGGCAACAGUGGGUAGAGAAGUUCAACGUUCUCUUCGACACCCUGGAGCCGACGCUCGCCGACAUCUUCCCUGGCGCGAUCAACACUGGUGAUGACAUGUAUGUGUGGCAGUUCCUGGCCGCCGUGGGUAUUGGUGCUAGCCCCGAGCAGCAGCAGCGCCUUGUGAUUGCUGUCAAGGAUCGUGUGAUGGAGACUGUGGGCUACAGCAAGACUCUGCCAGCCGACAUGGCCAGCCAGCGGUUGGGCAAUGUCAACUUGUUUAUGCGGGCCAUUGGUCUGGAUGUGGAACUCCUUGGUUAA